AGACCGUGGAGUUCAACCGGGUUCGUGGACGUUGUCGUUUAGACGUUAUUUGCUUUGCUGCGUUCCAAUUCCACCUCACGUUCCUUAUCUUCCAUCUUCUCAAUUCUCAUCGUCGUCGAGUUUCAGUUUCCGAUGAGAACGUGAUUUCAAAACCCCCAAAAGAUGAACACAUUGAUCUCACCUGUUUCCACAAAUUGUUACCUUUCUGGGGUCCCUUACCCUUUUGUCUCUUCGGUCCUAAACACCACAAAGCUUCCAAAGUCGAUUACUACCAACUUCUUAUCACACUCUCUGGUUCGCGGCACACUCUCUGCACGUGCCACUUCCGAUGAACUAGACACGCAAACAGUAGAUGAGGAACUUGCAGAGGAGAUGAAAGUGGAACAGAACAACGAUAGAACAUCCACUUUUUCUGCUCCAAUAGACAAGGAACUUAAAAAGGUUGCUCAGAAGACUGCUGCCACCUUUGCACCAAGGGCUUCUACGGCUACAAAAAAUCCUGCAGUACCAGGAACAGCCUUGUACAGUGUUUUUGAGGUUCAAGGGUAUGCAUCAAUGUUGUUAGGUGGAGCUUUGUCCUUUAAUCUCAUAUUCCCUUCGAACGAACCCGACAUUUGGAGAUUAAUGGGAAUGUGGUCCAUUUGGAUGUUCACAAUUCCUUCAUUACGAGCUCGAGAUUGCUCGAAGAAUGAGAAAGAAGCUCUUAACUAUCUUUUUCUACUCGUCCCUUUGCUCAAUGUUGCAAUUCCAUUCUUUUGGAAGUCCUUUGCCGUUGUUUGGUCGGCAGAUGUAAUAGCCUUCUUUGGAAUGUAUGCGUGGAAGUUUGGAUGGCUUCAGAGAACGGAUUAGGGAACCAAAACUUGGUAAUUAACUGCUAUUCAAAGCAUGUUGGCUCUUCACUUUAUCAUGGAUCCCAAUUAUAUUACACACAGCAAAGUAGAUGUAACAUUCCUUGGAGCACUCCAUGCUUCCGAACUUUAGGUUAUAUCGUGUUGAAGUUCUAGUAGCUUUUGCAUCCACUAAGGGAGCAAGAUACCAUCAUUACAUUUUCCCUAUAAUCAAAUGGAAAGUGCUAUAGGUUCAGGAAAAUGCUAUAGGUUCUUAAAACAGUUUUGCACUUCGUAAUUUUAAAUUUCCUAAUGUUAUCAAGAACCUCCCAAAGAUGAAAUGUGAUGUAGCCAUGAUAUCUGUAACAUAUUUUCUUAACUGGAUGAAAAUUUAAGAAAAUUGAGAAGAUAGUUUUUUCUAUUUGUUCCUGUUCAACAGAGAGUAAGUGCGAGAGAGCGUGUAAAUUGAAGAAAGUUAUAUAUAAUACAUUCAGUCUCGAAUUAGGACUAUUAAUUCAAAGUUUGCAAAUUACU